CACAGGAGCCCAGCAACAUAGGCACAUUCUCUAACAGAGAGGAAAGGUGAGCUCACUAGCAGAUCGGGCGUUCUAACUUAUGUAGUCCCACCACAGAACCCACAUCACCUUUGCUGGAUUCUGUUUGGACACCAGUCUUUAACCAGCAUUUGGAAGGGAAGGAAUUUCACAAGAACAUAGAGAGCAGAAGGCAGAGAUCACAGAUCUUGCAACCUGCUGCAGUGCUCAUUUGAGACCCAGGAAGUAACCAAUUUUGGGUAAAAAGUAUCCAAAGGUGAUUGUGAUUGGAUAGUGUUCAUACCACAGAUCUGGACUUGACAUUCAACAUUGGCAAAAUAACCUGGCUGCAUUCCAGUUCCCUGUCUUUCUCACUCCCGGUGACAUUCGGUCAUCAGGCUGAGCCACUGAAAGUGUAGAUCACCCCCACUUUUGACAUUUCCUACAGAGAGCUGCACCUGGAGAGAAACUUCCUAUACAAGAUGUACUUCUUGCACUGGCCACCAGAUAGUGCCAGUGCUCCUUCCUGGAUAGUGACUGCCUGGCUGAGAGAAGGCUGUUGAUUGAUAGAUACUGCCUGGUGGUUCCGGAUACACAAUUCAGCCCUGACAAUUUUCUGAGCACUAAAUGUCUUCUCAUUUCCAGGUUCUAGAGGAUAAUCUCAGGGUAGGACAGGUCCUUGUUUCUUUUUUUGUGGAGGACAGAGUUUUUUGGUUUGGUCUGGUUUGGUUUGUUUUUUUUUUUUCAAGGUAGGGUUUCUCUGUGUAUCCCUGGCUGUCUUAGAACUCACUCUGUAGACCAAGCUGGCUAUGAACUCAUAGAGAUCUACUCACCUCUGUCUCCCGAGUGCUAGAAUUAAUGGUGUGAGCCACCAUAGCUUGACUGCAGGGCCCUAUUUCAGAGAAGCAAACAGUGUUAGGGUCAGAAGCUAGCUAUAACAUGGUAUAAGGACUUAGUGGAGGUAUGUGCAGGACAUUGACGAAUAUGAGGAAACUUUGAAGGCUCUAUUCUGUGUAUAGGAAGCUUGUCUUUGGGGGCUAGGGAAGGCUCUUUUUGGGUGGAAUGUAUUGGAUAUGCUCUUAUCCUCCUCAAGCAAAGUAAUCUUGGUUUUUACAAGGAAUGUGGUAAGACUGUUCUGGGUAGAAAAUUCUAACAGCUAAAGAGAUGGAUGGAGGAGGAAAUGAGAUGAGGUUGACAGAAAUAACCUGAAGGGCGUUGAUAGCGACCUGACCCCUGUGGAAGUGCAGCAGCUUAAGUGAGCACUGGAAGGGAUGAUGGCAGCCAAACCAAGGUCUGUACUACUGGCUUUCAAGAAGCCACGUCUCACCAGCAAGAGACAACGAGGCUCUGGACGGAGCUAGCAGCACAAGUGUGAGGUUCGAGGUUGUGUCAGCGGUACAGCGUCAUCUGUGUUAUCUCUGCAAUUGAGUCCUAAUAGUUAGUGCUUUGCCACUUUGUUUUCCUGUGGGGGAGGGCUAUAUGUGGGUGCCUGUAGAAGCCAGAGGUGUGGGAUUCUUCUCCUCAAGAGCAGUAGGCCCUCUUAACUGCUGAGUCAUUUUCCAGCUCCGAUUGUUUGGUUUGGGCUUAGAGCUGUGUAAUGGUGGUGGGGCUUACAGUGAGUACCGUUCGACUUGAUGAUGUUCAUGUAGCAUUCUGAAGUUUGGUAGACUGCCACCCUGUUAGUGGGAUGUGAGGAGAUGAACCAGAGGAGGAAUCUGAGGAGGUUCUCCAAUGUCUGCCUCAAGUGUGUUUACCACUCAACAGAAUAUGGAAGAAAAAGACGUUGUUGUGGGUACUCAUCAGAGAAGACUGCUCAGACAUGGGUGUAAGCCAACAGAAAGUCCUUAUUAGCCGGCUGGAGACUACACUAGGUCUUGAGGAUCCCAGUGUAGCACGAAGCCUUUCUCAGGGUGAGCUUUUAAGCACAAAACCAUGUCCCAGCUUGACAUAUUUCAGUUAACAAGAACAGUUAGCCAGAAGUAGAAGCCAGAAAACAAAGUUAGUGCAUUUAGAGAUUUUUCCCAGAGCUAGAACAUGGCUGGAUUAGGCCUUGUUUUAGUUUUGUCAGGUGUUGCUGUCCAUGUGUUGAGUUAAAGCCUGAAUGGUACUUCUACUAUGGAAUUGGUCAUGUUGAGGUCUGAGGCCCUGAUAUAGACAUUGUUAGAUAUCAUGUUAUAGAUAUUCUAACAAUAAUUUAUACUUAAUUUAACCUAUAUUUACUUCAAAAAUCUACUUUGUUGGCUCUGCCCAGGCUCCCUGGUGUAACCACUGACUGAGCUCCCCCUCUAUCCCUGGGAUCUAGAAGGAGGCCUGACUUUUGUAUUUACCUUUCCAAGUUAGUAGUUGGUCCCCAAACAUGCAUGGUGUGGAAUCACAGGUAAAGAGAUAGUGUGUCUAGGGAACUUUUUUCCAUCAAAUGUCCCCUUUAUCUGAUUUUAAUCUUCAUGUGGCUCAUCACCCGUGCGGUCUGAGUGGGAGCAUUUUCAGUUCAGAAAACGGCUCAUGGCUAAUCAGAUAGCAAUGGUAAGGUCAGGUUUAAACAAAGCUGUGUUUGCUUUGAGGCAAGCCAUAACAACAGUCAGAUCUACCUCCAUCCACGUGUUACCACAGGCAUGUUACCUUGGUCAUGUCUUAACAUUUAGUUCUAGAGUUCUACAGAGGUGACAUAUAAAGUGAGUGCGGUUAGUAUGGGUGCAUGUCUUUAGUGCUUUCCUAUACUCCCAGUACCUGGAAAGCUGAGGCAGGAGUCUGGAUGCCAGCUUGGAUGAUGGCAAGGGAGACUGUGUCUCAAAAAGAGGUGGUGGUAGUAGUAGUGGUGGCUGGGGAGAUAGGAGUAAAAUACUUGCUGCAUAGAUAAGACUCGAGUUUGAUCCUCAGCAUCCACGUUUAAAAACCUGGGCAUGGUCUUUCAUGCUUUAAUCUCAUGCUCAAUCUUCAUGUUGGUAGGGCAGAGUUCACUGGCCAGCCUAGCAUAGCUGGUGAGCCCCAGGCUCCAAAGAAAGAUGCUGUUUCAGAAACACAAGGUGCACAGCCUUUCUGAGGUGUACACACACCCAACCUCCAAAAUCACACAAAUAAGAGCAGGAUGAGAAUGUGAGCUACUAUGGGAGUGGCUCACUUAGUGUCCAGUGGUUGGCAUAGAGAGGAAGUUAGCCAAGGCCAGAGACAGGUACUAUGCCCAAGCAACUUGAAAGCCCUCGUGAGAUUUGUGUGCAGAAGGUAAGGUUUGUUUCUGGAGCUGGAAUUGGGAAGAAGGAACCACUAUUGCCUGGAGAAACUGGACUUUACGGUCAUGAGCAGAUUUGAUUGAAUGGAUCACUCACUAGAAUGUUUGUCCACAUUUUGACUGGGAUGCUGUCCUAUCCUCAUCUCUCCUAUUUCACCCUUUCUGAAUCCAGAGCUCCUCCAGGCCGGCUGCCUCCUGGUACUCUCUCCCUCCUGUGCCCUAACCCACUCCCAGGACGUUAGCAUCCCUAAGCUGCCAACUCACACAUAUUUCUAGCUCUGAUCUGCACUCAAGUUAAAGCACAUUUGCUCUGCAUCUGUACUUGACAUCUCUACUUGACUCAUUAAUUAACAAACUUAACAUGUCUGAACUAACUCAGAAUUUACCCCUGAAACGUUUCACAUCCUCUGUUCUUGCCAUCUUCUACCUCACACUGCUACUUAGUUCAGAAACGCUACGCACCCUCUAUUCCAUCUCUCCCCAUGCCAGUCGGCCCUGCUCUCAGAACACAGCAUACAGCCAUAUGACCCCUCAUCACUUCUACCCCCUUUUCUUGGUCCAGGCCACCUAUGUCUCUACCUAAGGCAGUAGCUUCCUGUGGGCCUCCUUGAUUCCUUCCCCACCCUUGAGUGUUUCCUUUAACACUAGUAGCCAUCCCAACACCUGCUUCAGAACAUCGCAAGGCUCUGUGUGACCCUCCAUGGAGACAGUAGAGGGCAAUGGUAUGGUGUUGGCUGCAUUUGUAGCAUACUCUUGGCCCCAGCUUGUUCUUUUAGUUUUCAGACACCCAGGUCCGACUUCUGUUGUUAAAUCCACGUGUGACUUAAUGUUUUUCCACCUGUCCACUCACUUUGUUCCCAGAAAUAUGCAAUAGAAAGGGUGGAGCUAAGAGGCCAUGUGACACCUGUCCACUCACUUUGUUCCCAGAAAUAAGGACUCUGGGGCUUAAUAUUUCAUGAAUAAAUGCCUAGGCUGAAAGUUUUUACUUGUUCCCUGACUAGCUCAUAACUUAUUUAAUUCUAGUCUAAGUCCGGCCAUGUGGCUGGUUACCUGGUCUGCAGUUUCAUAUGACCAUCUUCUGUGUUUGGGGCAAAUCUCCCAUGCCCGACUGUCUUCAGAGUCCUUGCUGGAUGACCCACCUUCUAACCCUGCCUCUGCUCACUGUCCAUAGGCCUGUUUAUUGACAGGCCAGGCUUCCAUACGCUGCACAAGAGAUUAUCUCUACAGACUUUAGUGUCAGAUUCUUCUCAGGUCUGAGCUCUGCAAGUUCUUAUUUUAAUGUUAGGUGCUGGGGUUAAGUCAGGGGCCUUUGCAUACACUGAAAAAGUGCAUAUAAUAAAGCCAUGUCCUCAUCCCAGGUCCACUGAUGACUAAUGGUGGAGUUGAUAGUAAAUGAACUAUUUGAUCCACCAUUUCCAUGAGUAGAACAAGACUGGAUACAGUGGCAAGGCCAUUUCAAGGCCCAGGGAGAUACUGUGCACAGCCUCUAGCCGUAUGUAUCUGAUGGCCUCUGAGCUCAUGCUAGAUUCCCCUCUCCCUUGCUGAUUAUGGUGUCACAUGGCCUCUUAGCUCCACCCUUUCUAUUGCAUAUUCUCUGGGCCCUGGAUACUCUUGCUACUUCAAUUUAGCCUCAGUGUGGUGUGGAUGUGGGACAGCUGAGGAUGGAUCCUACCUAGAAUAUUAUCCAGCACUGUUUCUUUCCAAGCCUAUGAGCACUUGAACAUGAGUUCAAGGCUAGCCUCAGCUACAUAGUUUCAGCCAGCCUGGUCUACAGUGUGGGGUAGUGUCUUAAGAGAAAAAUGAAACAAAAAGGGUUUACUGACCCAUGUUGUAGUCCACGCCUUUAAUCUCAGCACUUGGGGGACAGAGACAGGUGGAUCUCUAGAGUUUGAGGCCAGUCUAGUCUACAGAGCAAUUUUCAAGACUGCCAGGGCUACACAGAGAACCUCUGUCUGGGGGUCGGGAGUGGGUCUUCUAUAGCACACUAUCCAUUCAACUGCUCCAUCUGGAACCUUCUGGAAAGCUUUCAUCCUUGCUUAGGGCCUCCCUUACUCUUGCAAUUCCUCUCACACUGGCUACCUCUCCAUUCCCUGACAUAGCUUCCGUCUUUUACAGUGACUUUCUGAAAGAACCUGACUUAAAAACAUUGUCUUCAUGUUUGGGUCUCAAUUCCUCAGACCCUCAUCUUCCUGAGAAAUGUUACUAUAUGUUUAUACCACCUUUUACGUACAACAAUCCGAGCCUAUAAAAGGCCAUACCGACUUGGAGCUGACAUUUAAGGUGCUCUUCACGUUGUGGACCCCAGCCUGCUUUUUACAGUCUUCACCUCACUCCCAGCUGAUCUCUAACCCCCAGACACUCAACAGCCGGAGUCUGCACCAAGCAGAAGUCAGAAUGAGCCCAGGAUGGCUCUAUCCAGGUUCAUGUGGGUGGAGAAAGCAGGCCCCUCCCCUAAAAUCUUCCAUGCUCCGCCUCGUGCCGCCCACUACAAGAGCUGUAAAUUGAGGGUCUGGUGCCUCUGUCCAAGGACUCUGCAGCCCCUCCCCUGUCCUCUGGAUUGUGAGCUAAGAGCCAGGUUAAGAGGCUGGACCCGCAUCGAUGCACCCUCACCUGGGCUGGACCCUCUGCCUCAAAAGGCAGCGGGAAAGCCUCAGCCUCAUCUAGGAAUGUUUGAUCCCCAGGCCUCAUGCUUGGCACAAGAGGCUCCAAUCUGCACCCAAGUUGCAUCCCCUCUAGGAAAAAAAGAAGACAAGGUUGAGAACUACUGUUCUAGACAGAGAGACUGACUGGCUGAACGUCCUUUGAAGACAAUAAGGAUUCUCUUAACUCGACUAGUCAGAGCAUGGUCAUCAUCCUGUUCAGAUGGCAGAGUUCAGAGGGAUGAACACUCAAGGCGGAGCUGAGUCUCCUGUAACUUCAGAAUGACAUCUUCCAAGGUCAUCGCGCCAUGAACCAAGAGCAGAACAGUUCUCAGAUGACUGAAUUUUCCUGGAAAGAUGUUAUUAAUGCUUUGUCCCUGGCCAACAUGAUCCUGGGGCUCUUCUCCAUCUUCUGCAGCUUCAGCAGGAAAUCACACUGUGCUUCCUGGAUGCUUCUGAUCAGCUUCCUGUUAGACAUUGCAAUAGGGACGAUGACCAGACACUUCAACAUCUGCCACAAACAGGGACUCGAGCUGAAUGACUUUGCUGUCUUCACCACCUUUGGCCUUGCCUCAGCGCUGCUCCUUGGUGUGGAUGGGCCUCUGAAUGGGUUCCUGGCCAUCAUCUAUGUGCUAACCACUUCUUUCCGCCUGUGUUUUUAUUCAGCUGGAGGAGGUUCCUCUGGAUACAAGGGCUUACCCUGCCCCUAUGCUUCCUGUGUUUUGGCCUCCACCUGCCUUCUAACUAAAGGCAAUACAUUCAUUCUUUGCUGCAUGGCUUCACUCAUGAUUCUCUUCAUGAUCGACCAGAGUUGCUACCCACAUGAUGAAAUCCUAGAUUCAGACAACUGGAAAAAAAUUGUUUAUAUAGGAGGUGUUAUCCUGCUGUUUUUUUCUCCGUUCCCGCUCACCGCCUUUUAUUGCCUGACUUGGUCGCUCUCCUACAUCUUCUCUCCUGAUACCCUUUGGGGCAGAGGAGUUUGUAUUAAGCUCUAGUGAGAGGAAAGCAUAACAUCACCACUCCUGCUGGCUCUGUGGGCUGUACGCUUAGCAUGCUGGACCAAGAUCUGCCUGUCCUCACUAAAGCUUUCAGAUGCUCGUGUUGUCAUA